GCCGCCGGGGGCCACUAGAGCCGGGGCCCACCGGGAUUUUUCCCGGUGUCCCGGCGGCCCAGUCCGACCCUGGCAUCAGCUCAUUGAUCCAACAAGAAAAUUAUCCCUGCCCAAUGGACAUCUGGCUGAUUUUUGGCUAGAUAUCAGUCUGAGAGGCCUGUUGGAGGGCACCAUAAACAGGCAGAUAAUUGGUCUGAGGAGGCUGAAUUUGCAUCAUAAAUCUGCCCACGCAUUGCAGCCUUUAAAAACAGUCCCAGUAAGCCCAAAGUUUAUUUUGUACAGUUAGUGAGGUAUAAUGUUGGUUACACUUCUCCUUCUGUCUGUUCUGACACAUUACAUGGACAGUAAGUGGCCAUCAGUGCUGUAAAGUGAGGCCCCUGGAGAUCCUGAAUGUCCCUUUCUAAUAUGAUGUAACAGGCUCUUGUUAUAUUGACUUUGGAUCUCUGCCAGGACCCACAGCAUAAAAAAGUUACUGCAGUUCAUCAACAAAAUUGAGAAAAAUGUCCAUGUCCCCACCCUCUGCCUGGGGCCUCCCACAGCCCGUGUUGGUUAUUGUCUUUCGGGGGUCGGAAGGGAUCGCUGCGGAGCCGCUUGUCAGUCGGCAUGAAUGCGAUUAUUGGCGCAGGGAGCGCCCCGCGUCCCUUUAUUCCCGACUCGCUGCUGCUUUGCCUGUCGGUGCUGCUGGUCCCGCUGCUUGCCCCCUCCCGCUGCGCUUUACGGCAAAGUUUCCCUCAGGACAAGCUGCCAGGUUUCCUUGGUAAAUACGUGUUUGCCAUAGAAAGCAGAAACCUGUCAAAAUGUAUUGCCGUGGAUUCAGGCAGACUCUCCCUGCAAGACUGCGGCACCCUAUCCAGGAACAUGUUGUGGAAAUGGGUAUCCAACCAGGGGCUGUUUAACCUGCAAAGCGGCAGCUGCCUGGGGCUGAACGUCAGUGACCAGCGUCAGCCAUUGGGGAUGUUUGAGUGCGACUCUGCCCUACAUACCCUGGGGUGGAAGUGCACCAAUGAUAUCCUGACUGGUGCCGAUCAUUACAUGUUGGCUGCAGAGGGCACAACAAUGGUGGCCAGCAAGCUUCAGUACCAUAAGUGGAAGCGGCAUAUGUCUCAGGAUGAGAGCUUCUGUGAGCAUCAUUUUCAAGAGAUCUAUACCCUUAGGGGGAAUGGAUUGGGGAGACCUUGUGUUUUCCCCUUCAAAUACGACAAUUUGUGGCACCAUGAAUGUAUCACGGAAGGAAGAGAAGACGGAUUAUAUUGGUGCGCCACCACCAUGCGACAUGACCGCGAUGGAAAAUGGGGAUUAUGCCCAAUAGCUGAUGGUGGCUGUGAGCACUUAUGGGAACAGAACCAGACCAUGCAGACCUGUUACCAAUUCAACUUGGAUUCUGCCCUCUCAUGGCACGAAGCUCGUGUUUCUUGUCAGGCGCAGGGCGGAGAUCUGCUCAGUAUUACAAGUGUUGACGAACAGAAUUAUAUUUCCGGUAUAUUGGGUCACAAUCAGGUUUCAUUUUGGAUGGGUUUAAAUCAAGUGGAGGAAGCCUCUGGCUGGCACUGGUCAGAUGGGGCACCUCUCGCACUGGCAAACUGGAGAUCAAAUUACACCUAUAACUAUGAAAAUGGGCACUGUGGCACAUAUGACAGGCUCAGAGACAGAGGUUGGCAAAGUUUUCCAUGUACUUCGGCAUUACCUUAUGCCUGUAAAAAGGAUCUGACACUCAGAAGUGCUGAAACAUUUGACUGGUGGAAAUAUUACCCAACGCAGUGUGAGUCGGGUUUGUAUCCCUACAACCGCCACUGCUACAGAGUCCUAAAGGACCCUCUAACCUGGAUGGAAGCCUCCAAUGCCUGUCAGCUUGAUGGGAGUGAACUGAUGAGUGUAAGCUCACUAGCAGACGAGGAGCUGGUGCUAAAGAUUCUGAAACAGGAAUCCAUGAGUGAGGCCUGGAUCGGACUGAGCACAGAGGGGAAGGAUCCAGUCGUGUUCCAGUGGUCAGAUGGAUCAGGGGUGACAUUCACUAACUGGCAGAAACACGAGCCUAUUGUUCAAGCCAGCGACAGCGCCCUGUGUGUGUCGGCACAAAGCCCUGAUGGAGGCUGGAAGUGCAAGCGAUGCACUGAAAAAAUAUUUGCCAUCUGCAAAAAAACAGGCGUGAUUGAAGCAGAACCCAUGAAUUCGGAGGCAUGUCACAAGGGCUGGGAAAGACAUGGCUCAUAUUGCUACAGAAUUGAUGAAACCCACCGGAGCUUUCAAGAGGCCUCUAAUGGAUACUACUGUGCUUCCCCAUUAGCAACCAUAGCAAACAGAUUUGAACAAGCUUUCGUUACUGCCAUGAUCUCAAAUAAAAUACAGACUGGAGACGGUUAUGUUUGGAUUGGCAUGCAAGAUCAGAGGGAUAGCGGCGAAUACACAUGGAUCGGCAACGGAUCACACAGGCAGCAAGUGACCUUCACUCACUGGAAUACACAUCAGCCUAGUCGCCAAGGAGGAUGCGUAGCGAUGCGGUAUGGAGAAUGUGGGGGAUGCUGGGAGGUUAAAGACUGCAAGACAUUCAAGGCAAUGUCUUUGUGCAAGAAGCCGCUAACAUCUGUGAUAGAGGAACCGCCCCUAUCCCAUGUAGAUGGCGGAUUUUCAUCUGUGUGCUAUACAUGGGAGUCUGAGCCUCACCUUGACUACUGCUAUAAGGUCUUCCAUCACGAGAAAGUGUUGGGGAAAAGGACGUGGCAGGAAGCGGAGGAUUUUUGCCAAGGUUUUGGCGGUCACCUUGCGAGCUUGUCUCAUAUAGAUGAAGAAAAGUUUCUCACUGAGAUUCUUAGCACCAUGUUUCAUCGGGAUGAUGAAAGGCAGUUUUGGAUUGGAUUUAAUAAAAGAAGCCCAUCUUCUGGGGGUUCCUGGGGAUGGUCCGAUGGGACUCCAGUUUUGUCUUCAUUUUUAGAAGAUAUGUUCGUUGACGACACGAGGAAUUGUGCGGCGUACACUGCGGAGAAUAAAGUAGUCCCCUUACAUUGUCAUGCAAAGCUCGAGUGGAUCUGCAAAGUGCGGAAAGAUCUGAUGCCAAAUAUUCCAAAGGGGCAUUUAAAAGAUGUCCCGUGGCUUUUCUUCCAAGGAAAUGAUUAUUUUUUGUAUAGUUCUGAUUUUCAGCACGCAGCCUUUGCAUUUGCUUGCUCUUGGAUGGGAGGUCACUUACUCUCCAUACAUUCUGCUGCUGAACAAGCCUUUAUAGAAUCCAGAAUAAGAAAGUUUGUGAAAACAAACAAGAAAUGGUGGAUUGGACUAUCUGAGGAAGAACAUUUUUAUGGAUUGCACAGGUGGACAGAUGGAUCCCCAGUGGUGUAUAAAAACUGGCAAACAGAGCCAAAUGGUAACAAGUCAUUGGAAGGCCCGCUGUGUGCAUAUAUAUCAGCAGAAUCAGGACUCUGGGGCUUUUCCGAAUGCUCCGCCUCCUAUUCUGCAAUCUGUAAGACAAGUCAAAUCAGCAAAUUAGAAGUGGCCCAGCAGCCGCAUCCUCGCCAUGAAGCUCGUGGGAUUUGCCCCUCAGACUGGCUGCGUGAUGUUAACAAGUGCUAUUAUGUGCAUUCAGUAGAGGGCAGCGAGGAGCAGCAUGACUGGUUCUCAGCCGCAUCGUAUUGCCAAGCACAUGGGGGUAAUCUGGCAUCCAUUGAAAAUGAGAUAGAACAAGCAUUUAUUGUUAUGCAACUUUACGGACACAAAAACAGCCUUUGGAUACAAUUUCAGAUUGAUGACUAUAUAAAUUGGCAAAAGGGCAGCUCCAGUGCCUACUCCAACUGGUCUCCAAUUCUGGAAAAACAGCACAAACAGAACUUUACCAAUGGAAACCCAGCAGAACACGAAUGUGCAUUAUUAGCUUCCAAUCAUAAUUUUCAUUGGCCCGGCACAUGGUACCUUGAAAACUGCAACCACAAAGCUCAUGGAUUUGUCUGUGAGAAAGGCAUUUCAAGUGUUUCUUCAUACACUGAAAAUGGAUCUGGUGUAUCUCCAGUGCCAGACAGCUUGGAGUAUGGACAUAAAUCAUACAGAAUUCUGACGGGCAAUAUAAGCUGGUAUGGUGCUUCCCAGAGAUGCCAGGAGUUUGGAGGAGAUUUGGCUAGCAUUAGCGACCAGUAUCACCAAGCCUUCCUAACCAUCAUAGCUAACCGUUUAGGCUAUUCCCACUGGAUUGGAUUUUUUAACCCUGAUAAUGGGUACCAUUUUGAGUGGGCUGAUGGUAGCAAGUCACGGUUUACGGCUUGGAGGGACAAUGAAUCUCCAUCUGAUGGGAACUGUGGCUACAUUGGUACGGAUGGCUACUGGCGUGGAGGAGACUGUGACACAGAAUUACAAGGAGCAGUUUGUCUUGUAACCAAUGAAACGGAUCCGUUGGAUUAUGGUGGUGAAUGCUCAGAAACAUGGAUCAAGUUUCAGAAUUACUGCUACAGCUUUUCGUCGGUAUUAGACAAAACAGUAUUUGAAGCAGCAAGCGAGGUGUGCAAGCAGCAAGGUUCCGGCCUUCUCACAAUCACAAAUGAAGAGGAAAAUGUCUUCUUAUCAAAAGAGCUGGGAAUGUUUACUUCUCUUGAGAUGAUCUGGUUAAACAGAAUUCUUUUCCAUGGCAAUGGUUCAGUGGCAUGGAUGGAUGGGACUCCAGUAAUGUUCUCUAAACUGGUAACACAUGAGAUUAAAAAUGGCUACCUCAGGGACCAGUGUGUAGCCUUAUGGACAAGCGAUGGUACUUGGUGGAAUUCUGAGUGCAAUGAGCAAAGAGGUUUUGUAUGCAAGAAACACAAAGAUUACAGAGAAAUUGAAAAGAACCCAAAGACUACCAGAACAAGUCAUGCAGUUGUACCAGUUGUUGUACUAGCCUUAUCGGCUUUUGGUGUUUUCUUGGUAUUUUUGUGGUACCGGUUGAAGCAGAAAAGGUGUUUGUUCUGCACCAGCCAAACCUUCCAGAAAUCCUGUUCCACAAAGACAAGCGCUGAUAUCUUCGAACCAGAAGAGAGUAUCUUAAUCACCGAGCUGGGGGCUGACAAAUAACUGGAGUUUAUCAGACUGGCUAAGACACAAAGACAUUGAUGGAGCCACCUCAUUUUAAUGAUGGUUUCUUCCCCCUCUCAGCAAAGAGACAAACACUUAUCCACCUUACUUUGUUAGUGGAGAUUUUAAGGAUUGACUGAAAUGAGCACAUCCUCCCUAAGAAUGUUCACUGGUUUACAAACAAUAUUUUCUAGUAGGGGUUGACUUUUUAUCGGCCAUUAAAAGAAAAAUGUUAUUAUAUAUA